UGUCUGCCAAGCGGAUCCAGACUUCUUCAUUCGGGGUUGGCGAAGUUUUAAAGUUGACGAGGCAAUAUCUACAAUGGACGCCUUUGGCCUUGUCCCAAACAUCAUCGCGACCAUUGAGACGGUCUACAAGGUUAUCAAAGUCCUUGAAGAGAUCAAGAGCUCUGGGCUGGAUUGCUAUAAGUAUAUAUCCGAAGCCAGCUCUUCCUGCAUCAUUUUGCAACAUGCACAGCAGCGCCUCCAUUCAGAUGCGGCAGUCGGAAACACUGUGGAGCCAUGGUCCAACCACUUGAAGGCCUUGGCCGGCGAGGACGGAGUGCUGAAACAAUACAAGAGUGACAUGGAGCAAGUUGUGAGCAUCUUGCUUCGGAUCAAGAAUUAUCGCUUCCGAAAGGUCUUUGCCUGGCAUCGCGAGAAGGGGAAGAUCGAAGACAUAUUCAGGAAGGUCGAGCGACACAAAUCUGCCAUCCAGCUCGCAUUGUCACAUGAUCAAUUGUCCUUGUCCGGUCAUACCCAUGAGGUACUAGGUAGAGUCGAAGGCCGCAUCGAGACAACCGCAACUUUACAGGCAACAGAGAAGGCAGAAUCGAACAAAAAGAAGAUCAUCGAAUGGAUAUACCAGUCCACCGUGAACCACGAAAACUUCCAGCGGGACUACAACGCUACAGCGCAGGAUGGUACGGGGCAGGCAUUCCUGGGCUCGGAUACUUUCCGACAAUGGCUCAAGGGCACCCAUGCCACCAUCUUUUGUCCUGGCCUCCCAGGCGCAGGAAAGACUGUCAUGGCUUCCGUCGUGAAAUCCCAUUUGGACGACAACAUGACGGAUGGCAUUCAUCUCACAGCGGUGUUAUAUUUCAACUACAAGCGACACUUGCAAGACCAUGGUCAACGGACACUUCUUCUCGCAGUCUUGGCACAAUUUCUUUCCUGGAGUGAACGUGUUCCCGAACGCCUCCAGACUUUGUACGAUGGGAGGAAAACCAAAGCGGAACUGCUGAGUGAGGACGAUAUAGUAUCUAUCCUCGAAAGUCUCAUCCAAUUAUCUGAGAGCAGCUUUCUCAUUUUGGAUGCCUUGGAUGAGUUCUAUGACGAUGACGGGGCCCGCUCACGGUUUUUGCGUCUCGUGAAACGACUUCAGACUUCUGGUAAUCUGAAAAUUAUGAUGACGACUCGGCCACACCUGACCGAUGACCCCGCCAUCAGUAAGUGGCCAGAUGCCACUAUCCAGAUAACAGCCUCUGACGACGACCUACGUACGUAUCUGGAUCACAAAAUUUGUGACUUUCGACACCUUCCCGAUGACUUUGACCUCCGCCUGAGUAUCGCGGAUCGAAUUGUGGAAGCUUCGGCUGGAAUCUUCCUGCUUGCGGUUCUGCAUUCAGACUCUCUAAAAGAUGCGUACACCAAGUCUGAAGUCGAGGACAUCUUGGGAAGUCUGUCCACAGGGCCGGAUGCCUUGGACAGGGCGUAUGAGGAAGCGACUAAGCGUAUCGACCAUCAGCCUGCGAAUCGUCGAUAUUAUGCUCACCUGACCAUCUCCUGGAUGGUUCAAUGUCUACGGCCAUUGACACCAAUUGAGCUCCAGCACGCCGUCACAAAACCCGAACACUUGGAGAGGGAUCUCACGGCAUCGGGCCUUGUAAAGUUGGAUUCUCUUGUGUCUUUCUGCGCCGGACUGGUCACGAUCGACCACGAGUCGAAUGUCGUUCGAUUUGUUCAUUACACUACACAGGAGUACUUCACACGAGACCGGCUCACGAAGUGGCUACCAGGUGCAGACAUGGAUCCAGCACGGGUGUGUACUGCCUAUAUGAUGAACUCCAAAGUAUCGAAGGCUAUUGAGUGCGCCAACAAAUCUCAGUCGGAGCAUGUGACAAAGGAUAAGCAGUACUUUCCAUGGUGUCCCGACUCCGAGGAGUGGAUGGGUCAAAGCAAUGAUUUGGACAUGAUUUACCGAAGUGCACUCACGGACUGGCCGUUUCUGAGUUACUGCCAGCAACACUGGGCGUCGCAUUGUUCAGGAUUUCAGACCCCACUGCAGGAUUUGCUCCUCCAAUUCCUCAUAGGCCCAGCCGCCAUCGUGUAUGCUGAGACAGACUGGCAUUGGUGCAUGAGGUGUUAUAGACCUACGCGAUGGCAAAGGUCUACCCCUUUCAACGGAUACCUGCAUUUCGACGAUGUUAGUCUGCGGCGGGCUACACCAAUUUCGAUCUGUUCUCGUUGGGGCCUCGGCCAUAUGAUGAGCAAGUUGUUGGAUCAAGGCUACGAGAUGAGAGUGGCACCAAGCCUGAAGUGGGCGGUGGCUCGUGACGAGCCGUUCCUACUCGCCUGUCAAAAUGGGCAUUUGGAACUUGCAUCCAUGCUGCUUGCACGAACCACGAUACAGGACGACAUCUAUUACGAAGCGUUCUGGGCAGUGAACGAGAAAAAUGACCUUGACACGCUUGCCUUUCUCAUAACAAGGUGCCCCUUGGACGCCAUAUGCCUCCCCGAAAUCGCCAUGUGCUCUUCCAUAGACGAAGUCCGGAUCAGAAACUGUCUGAUCCACAGCACGCUGGCCGUAUCGUCUGAUCAGGUGCUUGUCGGUUUGGAUGAACUGUUUGAGCGGAAAAGCGCUUCCUUCUGGGUGAAAUAUAUUCAUGAACAUGGCGUUGACGUCGAAGCCACUUUUACUAGGUAUUACCAGUACCGAACCGGGUACCAGCACCGAACCGGGUACCAGCUCCGAACUGGAUUUGAGCUUGCUGCCGCAGCGGGCUGUCUCGAAAUUGUCCGUGUAUUGCUGAACUCUCCGGGCGUACAAGUAUGCAAGCGCGACCCGGGAGAUGCGUUGGAACUCGCAGCAAAAGGUGGCCACGUGGAGGUUUUCCGCAUGCUGCUGUCUCAUGUUUCGAGCAUUCCGGCCGCCGCCGACUUGUUUCAUUCCAGUGCUGUUCGAGUCUUCCGAAAUCUCGUACAUCCCCGCUAUCAUGAUCCUAGACCAGUGAUGGCACUUAUGAAGUCCUUGCUCGAGCACCAAGACUUGAGCCGCCUACUUCCGUUCACCGGACUCGAUGAUGUUAUGAAGUUCGCGGUCUCCAACGUCUUCACUCAUGAUGAAAUGGAUAUACAGGAGUCGAUUCUGGAUCUGAUUCUGCAUAAUUCAAGCAUUGACUUUCAUCGCAGAGGCAGUCACGGCCGAAAUGUGUUGCAAACCGCUCUACCCCAUGCCCUGGCUGGCGAAAUUUAUGUUAGGGACGGGGAGAAGGAAGACGAAUUUUCGGAUGACAAAUGCACCCGCACAUUGAAAAAGUUGCUCGAACAUCCUAGCUUCGACUACACCGGCCAAUACUACAACCCGAUCUCUGGGAUGUUAAAGGAGCACCACGCAAAUUCUUCGAUGGUAAUUGAACAAGGCAACAAAGGACUUCACAUCAUUACCAAGCUUCAGAUGAUUUUGAAUGAUCCUCGCUUCAAUCCAGACACCCCGGACGACUCUGGGCGGACGGCUCUGUCAUAUGCAUCCGAGUUUCACCUCGAGUACCUUGUCAGAAUGCUCCUUCAACAUCCUCUCGUCGAUGUGAAUUCAAAAGAUGUCACUGGUCGGACGCCACUCUCCUAUGCGGCGGGGGCUGAAGACUGUCGACCAUAUGCACUACAGUGGGGACAGCGAUCAGUUUUGCCGAUAUUGUUGGCAAAUGACAAGAUCCGGGAGCAUUCGAAUGACGCUGACAUAGCGGGAAUUACGCCCUUGAUGUAUAGCUGCAGGUUUGGUCGAGAAGAAGAUGUGGAAUUAUUACUAGACAUCGAGGGAUCGGAAGUCAACCUGGGCGAUAAUCGUGGCCGAACGCCGCUUCUCCACGCACUCGAAAAGCCGAAAUCCGGACACAAUCUCGUCGCAAUGCUCCUCCAAAACCCCAAUAUCAAGGUGAACGCCAAAGACAAAGAUGGGAGAAGUACUCUUUUCUACGUGCUCAGACACCAAGAUCAUUGGAUAAAUCAGCACAGGGGCUUGCCGUACGUAUCACUUAUUUUGCAACAUGAGGACCUGGAUAUUUCAGAAGAUCUCAGGUAUAUACGUGAUGACGACGGUUAUGGACUUGACACUGAGGGUGUCUUACGGUCUGUAAGGGCGCUACGAGAGAGAGAUCCGGAAAUUUGGCUUUUUACGGAACCGGCUCCACCAACUCCAGCAGAGCUAAGGCGCCUCGAUUAUUUAGAAUCGCUAUUUUCUGUGGAGGUAUCGGUCUGAUAGCAUGAGUGAUGUAUACAUAGGUACCUAGGUAGCGAUUCGAAUUCGGUAGGGGCGGCUUCUUGUGAGGAAUGAGCACGUGGGACAUUUGCACCUGAGGACGGCGAUAGAUAGCUCCAAGCCAAAGAGCCAUCUCGUGCGAUUGGUAUUUUCCCUA